UGAUGUGGGUACCGCUACUCGAUCGCGCGGCCCACAGUCCAGGGACGCAUUGUCUCAGUUCUCGUCGAAACAGGUUGUGUGGAGUGGGGUAUUCCGCUGGCUGGACCGCACUUAACCAGCCUGCUCGUCAGCUUUGAGUCAGGUGAUUAUCGCAAACGCUACGUUGCGAUGUUCUCUCUCUGCGGACGUUGUUAGUUAUUUUUAUGUCGUAGAAGCGUGCGGACGUACGGAUUCUGCGUCUGUUACUUGUGGAGUAAAGACACUGCUUCGUAUUUGAAUCCGCGAGAGACGAAGAAGGUAAAUGUUUAAACAUUAUGAGGCUGCGGUUAUGGGUUAUGAUGAAAAUAUAAAACAAGGCUUUAAAAUGUGAAGGUAGCCUUGUUUCCAGUGGCGUUAUUUCGAGUGCUUAACAAGACGGAAAAUUCAUAGUGCGCUGUUUAGCUUUAUUUAGAGAGCGCAGUGUGAAACUGAUUGCCAAGCGACGUCCAGUGGAGUAAGCAAGUUUUGUUACAUUCCUUAUAAAAGUUACGCGUAGGCGGAAUUAGUUAACCGAGUUUAUUCCUUCCUCAGUGCCUGAAAACAGUUGACACCGUACAGAAGAAACCUCCGGUGUCCAUACCAAAGAAAGUUUUUUAAUCUGAGUGCAUUAAACUUCGUUUACAAGCCGACGAUAUCACCAGCUUUCGUUUAUAAAUGAAUGCUUUGUUCUUACGAAACAGUAACGUGAACUGUGAAGUGAUUUUUUUUUUAAGAACGUUGCCCGUGACGAAUUUGUGACGUGGAGACAGUGAACCAGUGCACAUGCGUGCGUGUUCGUUUAUAUGCAGGUGUGAUUUGUACCCGAAUUCAUCGGGACAUAUUUGUAGUGUCGUGGUGUGUGUGAUGAUUACUCGAGCUUCGUAGUAGCACGUGCAUUCUGCUGCUAUCGGUUGGUUCCAUCGGGGACCUACCUACACGUUAGUACGUCAGAGACUUGCCCGUAUCGAAGACGUAACCUGUCAUAUCAUCAGAAGCGUUCGUUUGUGUUAGUCGUCGUGUUUAACCUGAGUUAAGGGUUGUCGGGGGGACGUGUUCAUCAAGGUGGUUUGUGUGGAGUCGUGACGCUGCUGCUCAUGCUUGUGGUAGUGAUUGUGUGGAUGUGGAAACAUCCGACGUAGGAUCGAAUCCCGGAUGUCUCCGUACAGCCGUGAUAACGCUCCCAGCAGUCGAACCGUGCUGCUCCUCCAGGAACACCAGCGGCCUGCGACAACCUGUACUGUGCCGCAGGGUUGUCGUCCUGGUGCCACCACGGCCAGACGAUUCCUUCGCUGGUUUGGUCUCCUAGGACGUCCUGCCAUGGGAAAGCAAGGGGUUCUGGAUAUGACAGCCACGGAGAACACGAUCCGGUUCAGCGGUCAUACGCUGGACAAGGCAACGAAGGCGAAGGUUACACUGGAGAAUUACUACAGCAACCUCAUAGCUCAGCACAUUGAGCGAAAGCAGAGGUUGGCGAAGUUGGAAGAAUCUCUUAAAGAUGAGGGCCUGACAGAGGCACAGAAGCAGGAGAAAAGACAGCAGCACGCGCAGAAGGAGACUGAGUUCCUGAGGCUGAAGAGAUCGAGAUUGGGCGUCGAGGACUUUGAGCCCCUGAAAGUGAUAGGACGGGGGGCAUUUGGCGAGGUGCGGCUGGUGCAGAAGAAGGACACGGGACACGUCUAUGCCAUGAAGAUCCUCCGUAAGGCCGACAUGCUGGAGAAGGAGCAGGUCGCCCAUGUGCGGGCGGAAAGGGACGUGCUAGUGGAAGCCGAUCACCAGUGGGUAGUCAAGAUGUACUACAGUUUUCAGGAUCCCAUCAACCUGUAUCUCAUCAUGGAGUUCUUGCCAGGUGGGGACAUGAUGACACUGUUGAUGAAGAAGGACACCCUAUCUGAAGAAUGUACGCAGUUCUACAUAGCAGAAACGGCGCUGGCCAUUGACUCUAUACACAAACUCGGAUUUAUCCAUAGGGACAUCAAACCGGAUAACCUGCUAUUGGAUGCACGAGGACACAUUAAGCUCUCUGAUUUUGGGCUCUGCACCGGUCUCAAGAAGUCUCAUCGUACAGACUUUUACCGUGAUCUCAGCCAAGCUAAACCCUCUGACUUCACAUCGAGCCCGAUGGACAGUAAGAGACGGGCUGAAAGCUGGAAGAAAAACAGGCGGGCUCUGGCAUAUAGCACAGUUGGCACUCCUGACUAUAUAGCACCAGAAGUGUUCUUGCAGACAGGCUACGGGCCAGCAUGUGACUGGUGGAGUCUCGGUGUCAUAAUGUAUGAAAUGCUUAUUGGAUAUCCGCCAUUUUGUAGCGAAAAUCCACAGGAAACAUAUCGUAAAGUUAUGAAUUGGCGCGAAACAUUAACGUUCCCACCGGAGGUUCCCAUUUCCGAAGAGGCAAAGGAAACGAUAAUGCGAUUUUGUUGUGAGGCUGAGCGGCGUUUGGGUUCCCAGAGAGGCAUGGAUGAAUUAAAACUUGCACCUUUCUUUCGUGGCGUAGACUGGGACCACAUUCGUGAGCGUCCUGCUGCUAUUCCUGUCGAAGUGCGCUCUAUAGACGAUACUUCUAAUUUUGACGACUUCCCUGACGUUAAACUUGAAAUACCUGGUGCGCCGCUACCCCAAGAUGGAGAAGUGAUCUAUAAGGACUGGGUGUUUAUCAACUACACAUUCAAGAGAUUUGAGGGGCUGACACAGCGAGGAACUCCAACUAAGAAGUAGUCUCAACUCUGUAGUUACUUAUGUAAUGUUAAAUCUCUGGCAUCAUGUGCUACACUCUACAAAGUAUGGUAACAAAUGUCACCAAGAUGCCCAUAUAGGCAAGAAGUUGGUCCGCCAAGUAAACGUAGGCUGGCGGCUGCAGCUUUUCCCUGUCAAGAUGCACUCGGUAACACUUCCCAAUGCAAACUUGUAAGAUAAUUACAGUUGAUACUAUAGGAACAGUGAUAUAAACCAGUCCACAUAAAUAUGUCCAAAUAAAUAUGCGAACAUAUAUUUAGACAACAUUUUUAAUCAGAAAGUUAAUUUUGUAUUUAUUUUGAAACUUAAGAAGUAAUAAUUUAAUGAUAGGUUUGACAGGUGUUAUAGCUCAGAGUUAGAAAUAAGAGCAGUUUGAAUCGUAGUUAAAUUAUUGAUUUUAAUGUGUGCUGGUUUCUGCGUCAUGUUUUAUUCUUUAUCGGCCUGAUGUCCGAUUGAAGUUAUAAUGGGUGAGAGGGACCUUGUCUCACGCACUCUGCACCAUUUUAGCGUUGUUAGCUCAGUCAUUGCUGUUUAUUCACCAGUAUCGCAAAACAGUACGUUCAGUACAAGUAACAAAAACACUUAUAGGCACUCGGGUUAACGAACUUAGAAUUUUUGUAUUUUAAAUUAGUAAAUAACUCGGUGGAGUGGAAGUAGGUUCUAUUUCCAUCUACGUAUAUUUUAUUUGACUAAAAUAAACAGUUGUCAUUUAAGAUCUUCUCUAAGUAAAUUAAAAUGAAAAGCACGUUUUCUCAGUCUUGACAUCUCCAAAUAUUGUCAUCGUAGGAAUUCUCUAUUUAAUUAUGUAGAAAGAGAAAUUCAAACUUUAUUGUCUGUUUUAUAUGUCACUUCGAGAAUACUUAUUUUGUUUUCUGGGGUGCUUAACAGCUUCUUAUUGGAAGUUUGCAUUGUUCGGAAAGAUGUGCAAAUGGGGUAGUUCCAGGGAACUGGCGUGAAUUGAAACAUAUCAUGCCAAGACCAGAACUCUGCAGAGACCAGUAAAUUUGAAGAUGAUGAUCGUUAUGUGAUAGGUGUAGGAAAUUGGCAUGUGUAUUUGGAAACGUUUCCCAUCAUUAUCUGUGUUCAUGGAUGAGCAUAUGUUUUUUUCUAAGGCUUUGACAUAAAAUGUCAUUGGCCUAGCAUUCUCGUGGAGGUAGAACGCUAGGUAGGAAGCUUUGAGGAACUUUGUGUUGUUUGGGCAGAUUAGAAAGGAAUACUGGUAUGAAGGUUUGCCAUGUGUCUUCGCUUGUAUUAAAUAUUUUUGCUUGUGAUGGAAAUGAUCGAUGUAUUGUUGUCAAACCGCGCUUCAAAAGUGCCGGGUGGUUUGGUCAAGUUUGUCGUUAAAGAAACCAAGUCUCCUGUUACGUAGCUUGUUGUUUGCUGAUCGGGUCGUACGUGCAAAUGCCAGACUGUCCACUUUAUGUCUUGAACCGAUGUGAUGUCAUGUGACUGUAAGUAACUUGCACAUGCGUGUGGGUCUGUGAGUGAGUGGGUUUGAAUGCUCUCUACGUUCUUCUGUAUUCACAGACGCCCAGGUGAUAAUUAUUGUGCUCUUGUUAGCUUGUGUUCUUGUGGUAUGAAUUUUGUAUUUGGUACAGGAUUACACCACUCCUUUUUAUUAUUUAUUGCGAUUUAUGUUUUGGCUUUUCACUGUAUUUACUUAUAGUUUAUUGUACAUAUUCUUAGUACAACUACACAACCACAGUCAAACUUAUGAGUAUGUAAAGCAAAUCUGUGUCUUUGGAUGGAGCUUCUUCAUUAUGUACACAUGGUAGAAAUGUAGAGAUUGAAGUAGUGCCAAUAUUAAGUUAUUGCUGACAAACAGUAGGAUUUCAUGUGCUAUCAAACACAGACGUAAACUACAUUUGGAGUUUUGUAUUUAACUUUUUUUUUGUUCGAAGAGUAUCUUUCUGGCUGUACAAUGUAAUUAUGUUUGGUAAAUGACAUUAGUGCCUGUACAAAAUCUGUGUAUAGCAAAGUAUAUUAUUAAUUUGUUUGUUUUCUUAAAUCAUUUUAUGAAUGAAAUGUGUAAUUUAUUUUAUAAAAUUCUAAUGAGAGCAUGAA